GCUGGGAAAAUGGCGGGGUUUUCUGAGCCGGUGGUGUUUUCCUCUCAGCAGGACGAAGAGGCUGUGGCCGGGACAGCCAGCCAGGCCUCGGUCUCCGCCACUCCCCGAGAGGACUUCCGAGUGCGCUGCACCUCGAAGCGGGCCGUGACGGAAAUGGUAGAGCUGUGCGGCCGCUUUGUGCAGAAGCUCGGGGACGCGCUGCCGGAGGAGAUUCGGGACCUCGCGCUGCGGGAUGUGCAGUGGACUUUUGAAUCAGCUGUACAAGAGAAUGUCAGCAUUAAUGGGCAAGCAUGGCAGGAAGCUUCAGAUAAUUGUUUUAUGGAUUCUGAUAUCAAAGUGCUUGAAGAUCAGUUUGAUGAAAUCAUAGUAGAUUUGGCAACAAAACGUAAGCAGUACCCCAGAAAGAUCCUUGAAUGUGUCAUCAAAACUUUAAAAGCACAACAUGAAGCUAUGAAGCAAUACCACCCUGUUCUACAUACAUUGGAUCUGAAGUGUGACCCUGAUCCAGUUUCCCAGAUGGAAAAUUUGAAAUGCAGGGGAGAAGUCAUAGCUAAGGAGAUCAGUGAAGCCAUGAAGGCUUUACCUGCGUUAAUUGAGCAAGGAGAUGGAUUUUCCCAAGUCUUAAAGAUGCAGCCUGUAAUCCAUCUGCAGAGAAUCCACCAAGAAGUCUUUUCCAGUCGUCCUGGGAAAACAGAUGCUAAGCCUAAGAGCUUCGCAGCACAAAUAGAAACCACUCCAACAGACACUGCUUCCAGGAAAGCCUCUAACAUGGUACUUAAAAGAAAGCCAGCUGCAAACUGUCCCCAGAGAAAGUGCUAUCCACUGCGGCCAAAGAGAAUUAAUCUUGAUACGUGAGCCUUUGUUGUGGGAGUUGAAAAUAGGCAUGAUCAACAUGUAGGUUACAGACUAGCACUGAGACAGACUUCAUUUAAAACAGCAAGUAACUACUGGCAUUCUGGGAUAUGGUGUAAUACAGUGUGUCCUCACCAUUUCAUUUCAGUUUUUUUCAUAUUGACAUGAAGCCCAUCGAUGGACAUUAAGAGUGCAAAUUUUUACUUCCUUAAGUGCCACCAGCUCUUGACGGCCUUGCAGCUUCUGUGGAGUCUCACAGGUCACGUAUUCUGUUGGGUUUCCUUGAUGUACAUCUUUCUUUAAAGGGGGCAGGCUAUGAAAUGUUCUUUAUUCAAGUGCUGAAAACUAACCACCAACUCUACCCGGCAGAAGACACAUUUUUUUAGACGCAGCUUGACCUGUCAGAAUAAUGUGAAAAUGACAUUAUAGGCUUUGCUUUGUUCUAAGGUCAGUUAAUUUGGAUUUGUGGGAUUAAUUUUAGGAUUUGGUCACUAAGACAAAGAAGACAAUUAUUUGUGUGAGAAUUAUUCUUAAAAAUUGGUGUCUGGUCAAUGUUUCUUGCCCACACUUCUUUUCCUACAUUUUCAUAUAAUUUGACUUGAAGUAAAUAGUUUCUUUUUAGUAUUCUUCGUUUAUUUCUAAAUAGAUCCUUCCAGUUCAAAGCAUAUACAAGAUCAGUACAUUGGCAUAUUGUUAUUUUGCAACAAGUUCUACUAUGCUGAACUGUUUUGCAUUUAAGGAUGUUUGUAUAUGUGAUACAUAAUCAUUGGUAGCAAGUCUGAUGAAGCUGUAUCUAUUGCACUCCUAAUGUUUGGCAACUCUCGUAGCUUAUUGUGCCUCUUACUCAUACUCCACAGCAGACAGGAGCAUCCAGCUGACUGUCCAUUUCCUCUUUUUGCUGACUAUACUUUCAUCCAUUUUCAGAGGAAUUUAGUAAUCAUGACUGGGAAAAUUGUCCAUCUCUUGCUUGUUAUGUCCUAAUCAUAAAGAUAUAAAUAUGUUGGGUCUAUCACAGUGAAGAAAACUAUUCUAAAGCCACUUAAUUGCAUUCUUGCAUUCUGUUUUGAUGUUAUAAUUUGAGAUCUGUGUAUUUGUA